AAAACGAGGUUCAUUAAAACGAGCUGCUCACAGACAAAAGAUGAAACGGAGAUGAUAAUAAUCUGACGCGUCAAAUUAUAUUUAAUUAUAGCGCCAAUAGUUUAACCAAUUCCACGACCACCUCUACCUUUCCCGGUCAUCGUCCACCACGUCCUCCUCUCUUCUCUAUCAGAUCUCUCUCUUCCUCUUUCUCUCUCUAUCUCUCGGUCGCUGAAGUGAGCUUUCUCUCUCUACAGGCUAUAUACCGAUGGUGAAUGGUAUGCUAAGGCUCUCUCUCUCACCUGAUCCAAAGCUCCUCUUCAGCUACAGUUCCAGCUCCAAUGUUGACCGCUUCGCCUUCAACUUCAAGCCUCACCUCCCGCAACGUCGUCGUUCCAAUCCCCUCCUCCAGCCCCGCUCAACCUCUAAUUUCACUCUCUCCAGCUCCCUCCAAGCCUCGGCUAACACCGCGGCGCUUCAGCAAGUUCAGCAAGAACCGCGCGCCGCCGAUACCUCGGUGCUGCUCGACGUCUCCGGGAUGAUGUGCGGCGGCUGCGUCUCUCGAGUCAAAUCGGUGCUCUCCGCCGACGAACGAGUCGACUCGGUUGCGGUCAACAUGUUGACCGAGACGGCGGCGAUUAAGCUGAGGCCGGAGGUCGCCGCCGACGGAGUUGAGACCGUGGCGGAGAACUUGGCCGGGAGGUUGACGGAGUGCGGCUUUGCGUCAAAGAGGAGAGCUUCCGGGAUGGGAGUGACGGAGAGUGUGAGGAAGUGGAAAGAAAUGGUGAAGAAGAAAGAGGAGAUGUUAGUGAAGAGCAGGAACAGAGUGAUUUUCGCGUGGACUUUGGUGGCCUUGUGCUGUGGAUCACACGCUUCCCACAUUUUGCAUUCUCUUGGAAUUCAUGUAGCUCAUGGAUCGUUUUGGGAGGUGCUUCAUAAUUCGUAUUUGAAGGCUGGUUUGGCUUCUGGAGCUUUGUUAGGACCCGGACGAGACUUGCUUUUUGAUGGUCUGAGAGCCUUAAAGAAAGGAUCCCCCAAUAUGAAUUCUCUUGUGGGAUUUGGAUCCCUAGCUGCUUUCACAAUUAGUGCGGUCUCGCUUCUUAACCCUGGCCUUCAAUGGGAUGCGUCAUUCUUUGAUGAACCGGUCAUGCUUCUUGGUUUUGUGCUCCUAGGACGUUCUCUUGAAGAAAGGGCAAGGAUCAGGGCAUCUAGUGAUAUGAAUGAACUCUUGUCACUGAUAAACACGCAAUCAAGACUUGUAAUUGCUUCCUCAGAAAAUGAUUCCUCCACCGACAGUGUACUUUGCGCUGAUGCAAUAUGCGUUGAGGUCCCAACUGAUGAUAUUCGAGUUGGAGACUCUGUGUUGGUUUUGCCAGGAGAAACCAUACCUGUGGAUGGAAGAGUUGUGGCUGGAAGAAGUGUUGUGGACGAAUCCAUGCUUACAGGAGAAUCACUUCCUGUAUUUAAGGAAAAGGACCUUACUGUCUCAGCGGGAACAAUAAACUGGGAUGGUCCAUUGCGGGUUGAAGCAUCUUCAACUGGCUCCAAUUCAAUGAUAUCCAAGAUUGUUCGCAUGGUUGAGGAUGCUCAAGGCAAUGAAGCACCCAUACAAAGGCUUGCUGAUUCAAUAGCUGGACCAUUUGUUUACAGUAUAAUGACACUAUCAGCUACAACAUUUGCUUUUUGGUACUACAUUGGAACACAAAUUUUUCCUGAUGUUUUGUUCAACGAUAUUGCGGGACCAGACGGAGAUCCAUUGUUGUUGAGCUUGAAACUUGCUGUGGAUGUCUUGGUAGUUUCUUGCCCUUGUGCACUGGGUCUUGCCACACCCACAGCAAUCCUAGUUGGCACUUCUCUUGGAGCAAGGCAAGGGCUCCUUGUGAGAGGAGCAGAUGUGCUGGAACGUUUGGCCAACAUAGAUUAUAUUGCUUUAGACAAGACAGGAACCCUCACAGAAGGAAAACCUUCUGUUUCUGGUAUUGCUUCUUUUAUGUAUGAAGAGUCGGAAAUUCUUCAAAUUUCUGCUGCAGUAGAGAAUACAGCAUCGCAUCCAAUUGCCAAGGCCAUCAUAAAUAAAGCAAAAUCGUUAAAUAUUAGUAUCCCAGUCACGGAAAGACAAUUAACAGAACCAGGUUUUGGAACUUUAGCAGAAGUAGAUGGCCGUUUGGUUGCAGUCGGUAGUUUAGAAUGGGUUCACGAACGGUUCCAGAGACAAACCGAUAUGUCUGACAUUUUGAAUCUAGAACAGGCUGUGCGUCAAACAUCAGAAGGCAUUACACCUUCAAGCUAUUCAAAAACAAUUGUUUAUGUUGGACGUGAAGGAGAAGGCAUCAUCGGUGCUAUUGCAAUAUCUGAUAGCCUGCGGCAUGAUGCUGAGUUUACUGUAACUAGACUCCAGCAGAAAGGUAUCAGAACUGUCCUCUUUUCUGGAGACAGGGAAGAGGCAGUUGCAACUAUAGCGAAAGCUGUUGGAAUAGAAACUGAAUUUAUCAAAUCAUCAUUGACUCCACAAGGGAAAUCUGGAGCUAUUUCUAGUCUUAAAGAUGAAGGGCAUCGUGUUGCAAUGGUUGGUGAUGGCAUAAAUGACGCACCAUCUUUGGCUCUUGCGGACGUUGGGAUUGCUCUUCAGGUUGAGGGGCAAGAAAAUGCUGCUUCAAAUGCUGCUUCCAUCAUACUUCUUGGAAACAAAUUAUCACAAGUUGUAGAUGCACUGGAACUGGCACAGGCAACAAUGGCAAAAGUCUACCAGAAUUUAUCUUGGGCGGUUGCAUAUAACGUAAUUGCGAUCCCCAUAGCUGCCGGAGUACUGCUUCCUCAAUAUGAUUUUGCCAUGACACCAUCGCUUUCCGGAGGGAUGAUGGCUUUGAGCUCAAUAUUUGUAGUUACCAAUUCAUUGCUUCUACAGCUCCAUAGGUCUGACGGGAGUAGAAAGAGUAGCUAGCUCCGCUACUGCUGCAGGUUUCCGUCUGUUCAAGCAUUGGAGUUGAAUAAUUAGGUUAAAUUUAAAUUUUUUUCUGUUAACAGUGGGAUUAAUUGAACAGUGAAGUUAUUGCUUCCUUAUUCCAUCUGUAUUGUCCCAGAAUUUAUGUAAUUGGUAUAAUAUAGCAUCAAUAAUUUCGAAUCUCAUGCCCCCUUGAUUUAAAAAAA